AUGCACGGGGAUAUAACAGGAGUAAAUUCGGAGCUACCGAUAUAUUCUUGCAAGCUAACACACCUGCAGGCAAAUGUACUAAUCGACAAGAGGGGCCAUGCAAGGCUGAUUGAUUUUGGUCUUUCCACCAUCAUCCAACCCCUUCUCGGCCAGUCGCACUUGGCUGUGUCUUCUUGGCGCCCCGGCGCAAUCCGCUAUGCAGCACCAGAACUUGUUCUACCAGAGGAUGCCCAUGAGCCCCCAGUGCCUCUGGAAAAAGCUGAUAUCUGGUCUUUUGGUUGUAUAAUGCUUCAAGUUAGACUGACUGAACAGGUUCUCUCGGGUCGACUGCCUUGGUCCGAGACCCGGCAGGAAGCGUUCAUUAUUGUUGAGAUGUCGCAUGGUCGUGGACCGCAACGCCUCGAAUGUCAUCCUGCCAUCAUAGACUUGGAUUGGGACUUUAUACAAAAAUGUCUUUUAUUCAAACCCGAGAGUCGACCUUCAGCAGAAGAAGUGCUUGACUUUGUCAUACAUAGGUUUUCCACCCCAGGUAACGCUGCAUACUUCGUGGUGCUUUGCUGUUCAUCCACUUACACGAGCUUCAAGACUCUUGUAAUAGACCGCCCGACGAUCCUCCGGAUGAUGCGCAGGAUGAUUUUCCUGGAGCUUCUCCGCCCGGCAGUUCUAGUGACUCGGAUAUAA